AUCAUUUUUCUUUUCUCUUUCUUCAGUCAGUAGUCUUCAGCCAGCCAAGUCUUCAUUAGCACAGUAGACUUUAAAGUGACUGUCGGAAGGUGGACUUGAAAGUGACUUGAAAGGGACUUGGAUCGCUUCUAAAAAUGACUGAAGUACAAACUUUCGACGAAGCAGUUACCAGAGUGAGAGAUCUGACUCAGAAGCCAAACGAUGACGAACUUCUGGAACUUUAUGGUCUUUUCAAACAAGCCACGGAAGGAGACAAUACUACAGAUAGACCCGGAAUCAUGAAUCUCAAGGGAAGAUACAAGUGGGACGCUUGGACCGCCCGCAAAGGAUUGAGCAACGAAGAAGCCAAAAAUGAAUAUGUGGCCAAAGUGAAACACCUGAUGACCAAAUACGAACACAGUUGAAGAAGAAUACAUCAAAAUAUAAAUCAAAUAGAAUCUAAGUUUUUUAAAGAUAGAAUAUUUUGUCAAUUAUAUUUCUUCAUUGUUGAGUCACGAUCUGGCAACGUUGUCAGAAACUGUGUACGUUUCGACGUUUUCAAAACUGUCAGAAAGUGAAGUUUUAUCAAAACUGUUUGAGGCUACACAUCUAGCUCAGAAUAAAAUGUUAGUCUAUUUUAUGUCACUGGUUUUACAAAACUUACUUCUGUAUCAUAUAUGAUACAUUAAAAUUGAUGAAAGCUCAAAUUGUAUCAUAAAUAUGAAACCGAUAAUUCCUUUUGUAUCAUAUCAUAAAAUAAUAAAUAUGAAACCUUCAUAAAUA